AUGGAUUCUUGGGACAAAGUAUGUUUGCCUAAGGCUUUUGGGGGGCUCAGUUUCAGAAAUGGCCAGCGUUGGAAUCAUGCUAUAUUAGCUAAGUAUAUUUGGGCUGUCUCUGAAAAGCAUGAUGUAUUGUGGGUAAAAUGGAUCAACUCAGUUUAUCUGAAAGACUCUGAUUUCUGGUCCUGUAGAUUACCUCAGGAUAGCAGCUGGUAUUGGAGGAAGUUAUGCAAUAUCAGAAGUAAAUUCAGUAGGGAGGAUAUCAUUGCUGCUGGUUUAAAUGGGAAGUUUAACUCUGACAAUCUAUAUAUUCAGUCCUUGAAUCAUGUUCAGGUCAUAAAUUCUCAGUUACUGAAUUAUGAUAAUCUGUUGAGGUUCAAAGUGCCUCUUGAUUCUGUCAUGUGCCCAGUUUGUGGUGUUAGUGAAGAGAGCCACUCUCACUUAUUUUUUUACUGUUCUUUAUCAGUUAAGGUUCUGGAGAUCCUAGCUGAGUGGCUGAAUAUCAGGUUAUGGCCUUAUGAAUUUGACAGAUGGAGAGAUUGGCUUUCUAGCAGGAACAAUGGUAUUGCUGCUGAAGUUAGGCUUUUAAUGCAGAACAAGCUUAUUAGUAUUAGUAAGAAGAAGUUAUCUGUUCAGGGAACUUGUUUAAUUGCUCAAUUUACUAUGUAA